UCCAAUGUUACGCCCUACUAGGAUGCAUGCCUUGGCCAUUAAAAGUGAUCUUGAGAUAAUGAGGCAGCAGAUGGUGGUGGUGGAUGAUGAUGAAUCAUAUGCAAUGAAAGGAGGCGAGGGUCCUCACAGUUAUGCCAAAAACUCCAUUAUUCAGAAAGGUUUGAUUGAUGGCAGUAAAAGAUUGAUCCAUGAAGCCAUAUCACAAAGCUUUGAUCCAAAAGAACAUGUUCAUGGAAAUGAUGAACCAUCAAAACCAAUUUGCAUAGCAGACUUAGGAUGCUCAACAGGACCAAACACAUUCUUUGCAAUGCAAACCAUAACUGAAGCAAUACAACAACAAUUCCAAUCACAUGGUCUUGCUUCUCAAAUCCCAGACAUCCAAGUUCUCUUCAAUGAUCAAGUCUCAAAUGACUUCAACACACUCUUCAAGAACCUUCCCCAACAAAGAAUCUAUUAUGCAACCGCUGUUCCUGGCUCUUUCUGUGGACGCUUGUUUCCAAAACAAACACUUCAUUUGGUUCACUCUUCUGCAGCACUUUGCUGGCUCUCUAAGCUCCCCAAUGAGAUCACAGACUCAGAUUCUAGUGCUUGUAACAAAGGGAGGAUUCAUUACACUGAUGCACCUAAGGAAGUGGCAGAUGCUUAUGCAACUCAGUAUAGCAAAGACAUGGGGAAUUUCCUCCAUGCUAGAGCUCAAGAACUUGUGGAAAAUGGGCUAAUGCUACUUCAGUUUCCUGUGUCUAAUGUUCUUCUUGAUUCAGAUGUAGACCCUGCUAAAGUUUUUGAACUCAUUGGAACUUGCCUUGUGGAUAUGGCCAAAGUGGGAGUGAUUAGUGAAGAAAAAGUGGAUUCAUUCAAUGUGCCUUUGAUAUACCCUUCUGUUAAGGCUGUGAAGGAAAUUUUUAGAGGAUGUGAUGAAUGUUUUAGCAUUGAGUGGAUGGAAAUAUUGGAAUUCAAGAACAUGGUGUCAUUGCCAACUGUGCAAAUAUUUGUUUCAUGGUUCAGAGCUGCGCUGCAAGGGAUGAUUGAGAAACACUUUGGAGCAGAAAUAGUUGAUGAGCUUUUCGAACGCUUUGCCGAGAAAGUUAAGGAAUUUCCAGACAUCAUGGACACAGAUAAACUAAAACUUGAUGUGCUGUUUGUUCUUCUCAGGAGAAAGAACAAGGCAAGGCCAUAGGCUGUGUUUUUCAAUGUGAGCAUCAUCAGGUUUAAUUAGUAA